UUCACAGAAAAGGAGAUAGUAGCCUUUCAAGCCAGAGCUAAUACAAGACAAGUGGGCAUACCUAAACAUCACACCGUCAAGUUUGGUUUGGUGAUAACCAAUAUUGGUGGAGGAUACAACAAUAAUACAGGGCAGUUUACAGCGCCUGUGAAGGGGGUAUAUUUCUUUGACUGGACCAUGGUGGUGGAUAAUGGAGAUAUGUUCUUCACAGAGCUAGUCAAAAACGGAAAUAUUGUGGGGUACAAUCACUGUGCUGCUAGGAGGCAUAGCUUUGAAAAGUCCUGUACCGCCACUGCAAGGAUAGAAUUACAAAUGGGAGAUAAAGUUUGGGUGAGAACAUCCAGUUUUGGGUCAGAUGCCCAUUCUGUUUGGCCCACAUUUGGAGGACAUAAGUUGUAAAGGAAUUAUAAAUCGUUUUAUAAAAUAAAGAUAACGAUGAAUCAAGAAUUACAUGUGCAUUUCUUCUUUAUUUUAACAGGAAAAUGCCGUUUUAGAUCUAGUCAAUGUAGGAUGCACUAUGAAUUUAGUCACAUACAAGAGUUCAAUGUUACAACGCACUUUGAAAAAUUACGCACUUUGAACAAAAAUUUCAAAGUGUGUUAAAUUUGGAACCAAACUAAGGUACUUUGAAAGAAAUUAAAUUCCUUUUCAAUGUACGUUAACAUCGACCAUAUUAACGUACUUGGAAAAAAAUGUAAAGCUUGAUCAAUAUUCUUACAAAUUAUGGGUUGGACAAAUAAUUGACCCUGGUUGGAUAAUUUUUUUUAUGAUAAGGUGUCUUAAGAACCUGAGAUGUGAUGUUUAAAUAUUUUAGGUUUCGAUAAUUGUUAUCAAAAUGAAAUUGGUCAUUUGGAAAAAAAAAAUAUAGAGAUGAUUGUUUAAUAUCAUUAUUUCGAUUCAUUUUAAAAUUUUUAGUCUGUAA